AUGCAUAACUCCAACUCUGACAAACAACUUCCUCCGACCCCACCUUCCGAGCCGACUUUCCAUGAUCCGGCAGAGAUGACCUCGAAUGCGAGCGGCACAGGCACUUUGGCGCCUCCGUCAUCACGACACAAGCACAUCUGGGUGAUUACUGGUCCAGCAGGUUGUGGUAAGACGUCGGUGGCGGAGUAUCUUCACAAGACAUUCUCAUUGCCAUAUCUCGAGGGCGACACAUACCACACACCUGCCAACGUUGAGAAAAUGGCCAACGGUCAACCCCUAACAGAUGCCGAUCGCUGGGACUGGCUCAUCACUCUCCGCGAAGAAGCCGUCAAAGCACUUCAUGACACAUCCGGAGUCAUCGUCACAUGCAGUGCACUCAAGCGAAAAUACCGCGAUGUCGUGCGCAUCGCAGCGUACCAUAAUCCGGAACUUCGAAUCCACUUUGUAUUCCUGAGCGCCUCAGAAUCUGCCCUGAUGGAUCGAGUGAGGGCCCGGAAGAACCACUACAUGAAGGACUACAUGGUUCACAGCCAGUUCGAGAGUCUGGAAACGCCGAAGGAGGACGAGGUCGACGUGCUGAGUGUGGAUGCCAGUAGCGACUCCAAGCAUGUACAGGAAUUGGCGCUAGGCGUGGUGGAGAAGGUUAUGGUGGAAGAUGCCUAG